AUGCCCAGCAUAGAGCUCUCGUCGAAGUUCUUCGUCGCCUCCCGUAUUUCUGAGAAAGCUAGAAAACGGCCCAAGGCGAGAGAACCUGAAGAGGCAAAGGUGUUUGCAGAGGCCUUGGUUUCUGAGUUGCCCCCGAUGGAAGGAACCGCCAGCCAUGCCGCCGUAUGGUUUGGUGGCUGCGGCGUCUUCAUCUCGUGGCGGCGGCGGCGGCGGCGACGGCGGCGGCGACGGCGAGAGCAUAGAAUAAGAACUGCCACCCCUAAACCCAAGAGCACAGACGUCCCCAAGGCUGAUCCUACAAGCACUACCGCCAUCAGUUUCUUCUUCGAGGAUUCUUCACCUGGUCGAUACGGCAGAUGA